CCCGGUACCAGAGCAUCACACACUUUCCAAGGAACUCCAAAGAACCACAAUGAAGACCCUCCUUUUUGUAUCUGCAGCAGCUCUGCUGGCCAUAGUGGCACUCCUGCCACCCAGCUUUGACGCCAAGGAGUUUACCAAGUGCGAACUGGCAUCCCGACUGAAGGCUGAAAUACCACAGAUGGGACAUGAAAGCAACAAGAAGAUACAGGAAAUCCUUGCCAAAGUGAUUUGCCAGGUGGAAACCACGACUGGCUUCAACACCAGUGCUAUCAGCCCUGCUGGACCCCCUAAGAUCCCCUUUGAUAAGAUCAAAAAGAAUAAAGGCAAGGGCCACCACGAGAAGAGAGCCGAGCCAGACAGUGAUGAAGACCACAAGCCCAGCGUGAUGCCGUCCGGGGACUUUGGCGAUCUGUUAGGCAUCUUCCAACUCCCCAGCCAACUGGUCUGCAAUAAUACAAAGAGCUUGUGCAAACUUGACUGCAGCAAACUGAUUGAUGAUGACAUCACCGAUGACAUUGCUUGCAUGAAGUUUGUUUUUCAGUUCAAAGGCAUGGGGCCUCAGUUUGGAGAGCACUGCUCAGGGACCAACAUGACUGCCUAUCUGUCAGAGUGCAACCUGUAAUCAGCAAGGUGACAGACCCAGCAGUCUGAAGACAAGAACCAGCUUCUUGCAUCUUUUCUCUUUCAAUUGUUUGUUCUACCUUUUUAAACAGAGCUGUUCCAUAAUGUACUGGUAACAACAUCAGCCAACUGUUAACAGCUUGAUAAUUUUUUGUUGUCUAAAAUGAUACAUAGUUACAGAAUUUGUGAAACAUAAUCGAGACAGCGACAUGCUCAUAUACUGCAAGUGAUCCGUGCUCAUGUUUUUAAUACUCUAGUUCACUGUUACUUUAUAGGGCAACUGUGUCUGCUGUAAAUGCAACGUUGAAUUCUUUACUACCAAACAUCUUUUAUUGUGACAUUAGAAACAGCUACAAUCUUCUUUUGCUUUCAGCUUUUGCAUUCUUAUUUCAAUAAAGCUUCAUAAAAAAUUAACAAA